GUACUGACAAAUUUGAGGGUCCUAUGACUUUAAGACGAUUCGGGACAGCUCAGCCAAUCAGAACAAUGAAGGGGGAGGGAAGGGAACGGGUGGGUAGCAACAGUUGCCCUGGUGAGGACGAAGCGCCAUAGCCACGGUAGCCCUGGCGACAAGAACCCAGCAACGAGAAUCAACAACAACAACUGAAUCCGUGUGGAAAAAAGAAAAAGAUAUUUAAAAAAAGAAUUUUAGCGGUGGGAAAUUCACUCGAAAACAGAGUGGUGAUUCCCAGUUCUUGUGAUGGCCACCUCAGGCUACGUAGGUGAGAUUCAGCCGACAACACAACCCCAGGGGGCCGGUGUUAGUGUCACAGCUGGCCAAGCUGUUGUCAGCACCACCCCAGCCACCGCCCCUCAGUUUCUGGCUGAGAUUCAGACCACUGUGGCCACGCCCACUGCUGUCACACCCACAGGCCAAACCACUCCUGCUGAGCAAGCCACAUCUGUGGCUGCACAGAAGCCUGCAGCAGGUAGCCAAACCCAGCCCACAGCACCAGCCCAACCAGCUCCGACACAGUAUGUGACUGCAGAGAUCCAGGGCUCCCCCACACAGGCUGGGAAUGCUCAAAGCACACCUCAGUACAUUGUAGUUACUGUCACAGAGGGCUCCCUCCAUUCUAGUGACAGUGUAUCAGACUCCAGUCCACCUCCGGCUGUUGUACAGACCGGAGUUCCCACACAAGUGGUUCAGCAGGUGCAGACGGCUCAGCAGAGGUCCGUGGUGCAGGCCACUGCUCAGAUAGCCAAAACUGAGCCAGGCACCCAGCUUAGUGUCACCAGCCUACAACCUGUCCAUAUCAGCCAGGAGGUACAGCAGCAGCUGACACAGGUGCCAGUGCAACAUGUGUACACCAAUCAAGUGCAGUAUGUGGAAGGAGGAGACACCAAUUACACUGCCAGUACCAUUCGUUCCAGCAACUUUCCAUACACAGACACACCAUUGUACACCCAGACUACAGCUGCACAGUACUAUGAAGCUCCACCCACCUCAGGCUCACAGGCCUCCACCCCUGGCACACCCCUCACCGUCUCUGUGACUACUGGCACAACAGGGGGCGUGUCCAUGUUUGUGGCCCAGCCCACAAGUGCAGCAGGGGGAGGGGCCACAGUGGUGACAACGGGGGGCACCACCAACGGGGCAGGGGAUGGGGCGGGCACCAACGGUGGUGCAGCAGGCAGCUAUGUGAUCCAGGGGGGGUACAUGCUGGGAAGCAACAGCGGAGGGGCAGGUGGCAACAGUCAGAGCUACUCACACACCGCCCGUGCCUCCCCAGCCACUGUGAGUAUUACAGAGGGCGAGGAGAGUAGCGUGCCGUCGGCAGACAAGAAGGUACAGUGGUUGCUGGACAACUAUGAGACAGCUGAAGGAGUGAGUUUGCCACGCUCCACCCUUUACUGUCAUUACCUGCUGCACUGCCAGGAGCAGAAACUAGAGCCUGUCAAUGCUGCCUCCUUUGGAAAACUCAUCAGAUCUGUCUUCAUGGGGCUACGCACACGACGCCUGGGCACUCGAGGUAACUCUAAAUACCACUACUAUGGGCUGAGGAUCAAGGCCAGCUCUUCUCUCAUUCGUCUGAUGGAGGACCAGCAGCACCUGGCCAUGAGGCAGCAGCCCUUCUCACAGAAACAGAGGUUGAAGCCAGUUCAUAAAGUGGAAGGAAUGACCAAUGGCACAGCAUCAGGAGGCGGACAGCAGCAGCAACAGCAGCAGGGGGCUGGUCUUGUGGACAUCAGCACCCAGGUUCAGCAGUACCAGCAAUUCCUGGAUGCAUCUCGAGCCCUCCCAGAGUUCCCAGACAUUGAUCUCCAGGGGAAGGCUCUGCCAGAGGGCAUUGAGCUGGAGCACAUCAAGAGCUUUCAGCUGCUUUACAGAGAGCACUGUGAGGCCAUACUGGAUGUGAUGGUUAACCUACAGUUUACUCUGGUGGAAACCCUGUGGAAAACCUUCUGGAGGUUCAGCCAGAGUCAGGCUGGAGACGCCACGCUGGCUGUCCACGACGAGUCAGAGAAGCGUCUGCCCAAGUCCUGCCUGGUGUUGCUGUGUAAAUACGAGCCAGUGCUGCGUUGGAGUCGUGACUGUGACAACAGCCUGUACCAGGGCCUGGUGGAGAUCCUCAUCCCUGAUGUCCUCAGGCCCAUCCCCAGUGCCUUAACCCAAGCCAUCCGCAACUUUGCCAAGAGCCUGGAGAGCUGGCUGACCAAUGCCAUGAUGAACAUACCUGAGGAGAUGGUCCGCAUCAAGGUAACGUCAGCGAGUGCAUUCGCCCAGACGCUGCGCCGCUACACCAGUCUGAACCACCUCGCUCAGGCAGCCCGCGCCGUCCUCCAGAACACAGCCCAGAUCAACCAGAUGCUCUCUGACCUCAACCGGGUCGACUUUGCUAACGUCCAGGAGCAGGCUUCGUGGGUGUGCCGGUGUGAAGACCGUGUGGUCCAGCGGCUAGAGCAGGACUUCAAGCUGACCCUCCAGCAGCAGAACUCCCUGGAGCAGUGGGCUGCCUGGCUGGAUGGUGUGGUCUCCCAGGUCCUAAAACCCUACCAACAAAGCCCUGCCUUCCCUAAAGCUGCUAAGCUCUUCUUGCUCAAGUGGUCCUUCUACAGUUCCAUGGUGAUCAGGGACCUCACCCUGCGCAGUGCAGCCAGUUUUGGCUCCUUUCACCUCAUCCGGCUGCUAUAUGAUGAGUACAUGUACUACCUGAUAGAGCACAGAGUGGCCCAGGCUAAGGGAGAGACCCCCAUCGCUGUCAUGGGAGAGUUUGCCAGUUUGGGGCGGAGUUUAAACCCACUGGAUCCUGACAAAGAAGAGGAGGAGGAGGAGGAAGAGGAGAGCGACGAGGAAGGUCAAGAGCUGUCCCUCCCCCCAGACGGGCCGGUGCUGGGGGAGGAGUCUCUUGAGCCCCCCGCCAAGCUGGCCAGAACUGACCAGAGAGUGCUCUUCACCACCAGUUCAGCUGACAACUGAACAGGUUAACACUUGCAGACAUGGUUGAUUAUAUGAGUAAACACACUCACACACCCGCACCCACCCACCCACACACACACACACACACACACACAGAUGUACAAAGUACACUAAUUUAUACACUUGAUAUUACAUGUAGAUCUUGUAAAUGUGAGUGUGUGCACACAACUGCUGCAGUCUAACACGCAUAUUAACUGGCCUACAUGUCUACUCAUCCUCAGUCCAAACACACAGCCAUGCAGCACCACUACAGCCUGGAUGGCACAAAUGCCCACCUGUGUGCCACACUGCUCUAAGCACAGACUCUGCCUGGCACAAACGGUUAAAUACACAAUUACCGGCAUGGCAACAGGGUGUGGCUCCACCGGUGACCUGACUCUCCCAAUGCAAAGACAGAUGCAGAGCACUUUGACUUCUCUGCGCUACCCUAAGUUAUACGGAUCUGUAAAAAAAAAAAAAAAAUCAACUAGGGCCUGGCAUUGGUAUGUCUCAUUGCGUCACAGCCUCCCUCACUCUCUCUCUUUGCUGAAAAGCUUUUCUCACCUCGGGUCGUCCUUCCAUAACCGUCACUGCCGUAUCAAAGUGGUCUUGAAAAUACUGUGAUCUGUGUUUAAAGGAGACUUCUGCGGGAGGGGAGACGGGCACAAAACAGGCCUUCUGGCAUUUCUUACUUGUCAAAGCCUGCGGACGGCUCAGAAGGAGAGACGCUCGCGGAAGACAGCAGAUCAUUGGGAUUUAUGGGGUGUGUUUAUCUCGUGCAGGUGUGUUUUGCAAACCCCUGUUGUGUGGUUUCUGUAUGCUUUUAUCAGCGCUGGGGUCACACUGCUCUGCUGUUACUUCUAGAGUGUGACUGAAUGUGAUUUUUGUGAUAGUGUGUGUGUAAUGUGUGAGUGUGUGUUGCAUGUGUGUGCGUUUGGUUGUGUGGUUGUAAGUCAUGCCAAGUGUUGACUGUUUUUUUUUUUUUUUCAGUGGAUAUUUUCUGAGGCAUUUGAAUAUUGAUUUGGGAAAAAGUGUGUAGAUAUCCUGUUUGAUCUGAUUUGCUUGUAAAGAAAAGGUGUUGUGGUUUUGGGGUGCCUGUCACAGCUACUACACACAUUUGUAAAAAGAAACCUGUGGCUGUGGAAAAGGUGCUCCCGUUAGUUGCUGCAAAAAAUCCUCCCUCUUUUUUUUAAUGAAAAUCUGGUUCCAUGAGAGAGGUAUGUGUCAUACAUUUGUCUUCUAAGUGCUACAUUACAUUUCAUUGAUUCCUUUAUGGCCUCCAUAUCCUUUGACAUAUCAUUUUUCUUGCCUUAUUUCAAUGCAUUUUUCCAUUUCUGUGCCAAACCUGUCUCUUUUUUUAUCCCAGAUUUCAUUGUUUUGUUUUGUUCUUAAUUCUCUUUAUAUGUUUGCAAGAGGACUGUGCCUGAGUAAGAACAGUAGUAUAUAUACAAAACACUGUAUAUUUAUCCACUAUUUUGAAUUUUCUUGUGUCACUAAGUGAACCUUUUGUGCAGUGUACAGUGCUGUGUUAUCACACAUUGUAAGCAACCUUCGUGUGCAUUUAUUGGUGUGUGUGCGUGUGUGUGUGUGUGUGUGUGUGUGUGUGUGUGUGUGUGUUGAGUGUACCUUCAGUUAUCAAUCCUUAUCAUCUGAUGAAAUUUUUCACAUAUAGGCUAAGGCCCUGCCUCUUUGCACAUACUGACUACUGUCUUUUAAAAUGCAGAUACAGAUAUCUGAAAUGUUAUCUUCUCUGGAGUUGGCUGAUGUGUUUUCAGUGGGAAGAUACAGAUGUCAGAUUUCAUGUGAAAGUCUCCUGACGGGCACUUGUGUCAGUGCUGCUCAGAGAGCUUGGUGAGAGGUGAGACACACCCGAUGGCUCUUUCUGCACAGUCCUCCACCGACGUUCAUCUCCCUCCAUUGUACUUUCAUCUCACUACAUCUUGUUUUUCCACAUCUGCCAAUGAUUUGUUUUGUUUUGCACCUCUGUGUUCUUUAACACAGUCAUUUUUUUUACAUUCCCUGUCUUAAUCUUUUUUUAUCUUUUAACAUCUGCAAUGCACACGUCUUCAACUAGCAUUGCGUGCUUCAAACCAGCAUGUUAUCCUUUCUAGGAUUCUACUGCUACCACAGCUGAGUACAUAUCACUCCAGUCUUUUAAUGAUCUACAGCAUAUAGAAUGGCCAUUCUUUACCCAGUAAGAAAAAAAAUGUUUUGUCAUUUUUAUAGUGCUUGGUUUCUUAUGUACAAAAGCAAAAGAAAUAGGAAAAAAGAUGUCCAGUGGCAGUGUUUUAUGAAUUUGGUCAGCUGUAAGUAUGACUGUGCCUUUGGAGGUGGUAGAAUGCAAUUCAGAUGUUUUUAAUUUUAAAGAUAUAAAUUAAAGAAUUUUUAAAAUUG